GCGAUGGCGUCUAUGUAAUUCAGGCAUUUCAUUUUCAACUUUGAAACAAGCAAAAAGAGCCAUCUCCAGAGACGAUUACAUAACGGACCCUGAUCUCAUUUGCUUUUCGUUGUUCUGGUCGCUUCCCCUGUCCAAUUCAUUUUUUUCGAAUUCACGUCCCUCGUUAAGUAUUCGCGUCCAAUUUUCUUUACGCAGACCAUAACUGCCAACCACCCAUGACUUCCUCAGUCGCGUCACCCAACGUCCCAACCUCACCCUCACCUGAUGACUGGACACUCACUCUAAAGGCGAACCUCACUAAACUUGCCGCGUCUUCGUCACUCUUCGAAGACUACCCUGGAACACCCAUUUACGAAGCCCGCAGAUCACAACUCGCUCGCAUCGAAAAUGGUUGGCGGGUUGUCCUUCUCUCGUACGCGAAAGAUGAUAUCGCGAACGGCAUUACUGGUAUUAGGAGGAAAAGGUACUGGACGGAAUGCGAGUGUCUUCUUGCUUACGAGUUGAGGGAUACCGAAGCGCGAACAGAAAUUGAUGGCUCUGAGGGGAGCUUCUUUGAUGCUUUUGUCAAGUACGCGAACUACAUCCCCUGUCCCCAGUUCCUUACAGGAGUCAGUGUAGAAGAAAUUGCGGAGAAAACUGCUCCUGAGUCAGGAACCAUGGAUAUCAUCGGAGAAACUCACCCCUCUUCGCUUGUCGGAAGUGUUCUUACCGACGACGAAGCUGGUUCUCCACCAAUCGAGGUUGUUGUUUCCAUUGCUGAACCUGCUGCUCCAGCUAUUGGCGAAGUAACGAUUGUCGUCCCGGAUGACAUACCUACCCCUACUUCACCUCUAUCACGAGGGAUAGAGAUUCUCCCUACGGCAUUCUCUUACCCCAGCGAGAAAGUAUCUCCAAAGAAGCAAGCUCCCAAAACCAAACCAAAGGCAAAGCGUUCAAUUACUCCCUCCAAGAUUUCUUCCUGGAAUGUGAAUGUCGUUGGAACCGCUCAAGAGCAGUUUUCUCGUUGCAAUGAUCUAUCAUCCCACAAUUCUCGUUGUCCCAGUCCUUCCUCGUCCAACUACUCUUCUCCGCCUAACCACGACGUCGAGGCCGCCUCUUCACCCUCUGCAUCUGCAUCUAAUGUUGUUGCAGUUCAGACAGCCAGUCUCUCUUCUCGCAUCAUCCGGGCAUUCAGUCUUGUAUCCUUCAUCGGCUUCGUCGGUUUCUGGCCUGCCCGCGUCUUUCGUGAUGGCGCACUUCGCGCCAUGACCUUGAUUGGCAUUCACAGGAAGUAAAACAAAUGCUUCCUGUGUGUGUGGAGUAGAAUUGGAGGUUGUGCAACGGGCUUGCUUAGUCUCACGAACGGAACGUGAUGGUUGAAUCAGAAAAGGGGAUGAAGACAUUUCGUCCAAAUAUCUCCGCAAACCACCCUGAUAUUGAUUUAGAAUCUAUUACCUAUACCUACAUGUGUCGCUCCUUUACCUUUACUUUCCUCUCGUUAAACCCGCGCUCAUUUACAUUGCUUAUUCCCCUCUUUCCCCGGUGGCCCGCUUUUGGACUCGACAUUGUGCCUUGGAAUUCUGUU